UUAUCGAGUUCACUUGCAACGUACCAAUCACAGAGUACAUUUUUUUUGCCAACAACUUAAUUCAAAUUAUGUUAUGAUUUUGGAACAGAGGGACCGGAUUGUGCCAGUAUGUCAAUGCGACUGCGCAACAGUAUACUAAUGCUCAUGCGCUGUAUUGAUUUGUAUCCGCGAAGAACUGCAUAGAUCUUAAACCGGUGCAUCGUGAAUGUACACAGAGGACGGAAGGUUUUAGCACAACUUGAAACGUUAUUUAGAAGAACCGGGGCCUGUCCAUUAUGGCUCAGUUUGGGGGACAGAAGAAUCCACCGUGGGCUGCUCAGUUUGCAGCCUCUGCGGUCUCCCAGCAGGGUCAGUCUCUUGACAUGAACAGCCUGCACUCAUUAGGGGUUCAGCAGCCCUCUCUUCUUGGAGCUUCCCCGGCAAUGUACUCCCAGCAGUCUGCCAUGGCAGCAGCCAACCUCAAUUCCCAGUCUGCUGCAGCAAACUACCAGCUGUCCCAACAAACUGCCGCCCUGCAACAACAAGCCGCCGCUGCAGCUGCUGCAGCCCUGCAACAGCAGUAUCAACAACAGCAUCAGCAACAACAACAGCAUCAGCAGCAACAACAACAACAACAACAACAACAACAACAACAACAACAACAACAACAUCAACAGCAACAACAGCAACAGCAGCAGCCACAGCAGACCAUGUACAGCGUCCAGCAGCAGUUACAGCCGCCCCAUCAAGCCUUGCUUUCUCAGUCAUCUGUCGCCUUGCCUACCAGCCUCAGCCUGACUAACCCCCAGCAAACGGCACAGAUCACUGUCUCCUACCCAACACCAAGGUCAAGUCAGCAGCAAGCCCAGCCACAAAAACAGCGAGUGUUUACUGGGGUGGUUACUAAGCUGCACGACACAUUUGGAUUUGUAGAUGAAGAUGUCUUCUUCCAGAUAAGUGCCGUUAAAGGCAAGACACCACAAGUAGGAGACCGGGUGCUGGUAGAAGCUGCAUAUAACCCAAAUAUGCCAUUCAAAUGGAAUGCACAGAGGAUACAGACCCUGCCUCAUAUGUCUCCACAAAUGAACCAGCCACAAGGGCCACCUCUGCUUAAGGCCAACCCUGCUAUGAUGCAGUCCCUUCCUCCACCUUCCUUCAGCCUCCAGGCCCAGGCUCCGCCCCCCUGUCUAUUACAGGCUCAGUUAUCGGCUGCAUCCCUGGCCCCUCUGCUGCAGAACCCACCACAGCCCCUUCUGCCCCAGCCACCUCAGAAAGAUUGUGUCUUUUCAGGGGGUCUGCUUCAGCCUCCUGUGCGAAUGAUGCCACAGCCCCAGCCAGCACGGAGGUUAGACCCAGUACCCAGGUUUCCAAUACGAAAUGACAGAGUCGAUCUAAUGGUCAACCGGAAGGAUGACAGAAGCCGUGAGCGGGAGCGGGAGAGAAGGCGGUCCCGGGAGCGCUCUCCCCAGCGGAAACGCUCUCGAGACAUGUCUCCCCGCAGAGAGAGGUCUCCCAGGAGAGCUCGCAGAGUUGUCCCUCGAUACACCGUACAGUUCUCAAAAUUCUCCCUGGACUGCUUUAAUUGUGACAUGAUGGAGCUAAGAAGGCGUUACCAGAAUCUCUACAUCCCUAGUGAUUUCUUUGACGCUGAGUUCACUUGGGUAGAUGCUUUCCCGGCAUCUCGACCCUUUCAGUUUGGGAACUAUUGCAAUUUCCACAUAAUGCACAGAGAGGUAGAUUCGUUGGUGAAGAACACCUCUAUUCUGGACCCUCCGGAUGCAAACCACUCGUAUAGUGCAAAGGUGAUGCUUCUAGCAAACCCCAGUUUGGAAGAGCUCUGCCACAAGUCGUGUGCUCUUGCUGAUGAUCCUCAGGAGCUUCGCGAGGCAUUCCAGCAUCCUGCUAGACUAAUCAAGUUCUUAGUGGGCAUGAAAGGAAAGGAUGAGGCCAUGGCUAUUGGUGGACACUGGUCCCCAUCUCUUGAUGGAGCCAACCCAGAGAAAGACCCUUCUGUGCUGAUCAAGACUGCUAUCCGUUCUUGUAAGGCUCUCACAGGCAUUGAUCUGAGUUUAUGCACACAGUGGUACCGUUUUGCAGAGAUUCGCUAUCACCGCCCCGAGGAGACCCACAAGGGGCGUACAGUUCCAGCUCAUGUGGAGACAGUGGUUUUAUUUCUCCCGGAUGUUUGGCAUUGUCUUCCUACCCGCUCAGAGUGGGAGGCCCUCUCCCGUGGAUACAAGCAGCAGCUGUCCGAGAAGCUCCAGGCUGAACGAAAGGAGGCUGAUGGAGAACAGGAGGAGGAAGAAAAAGAUGAAGGGGAAUCGAAAGAGAUCUCCACUCCUACACACUGGUCAAAACUUGAUCCGAAGUCCAUGAAGGUAAAUGACCUUCGUAAGGAACUGGAAAGUCGUAGCCUUAGUUCCAAGGGUUUGAAGUCACAACUGAUAGCCAGGCUGACAAAGCAGCUGAAAGUGGAGGAACAAACGGAUGAAAUUAAAGAGCCUGAGAAACCAGUGAAGGUGGAGGAGGAAGAAGAGGAGCAGCUGAAGGUCGAAGAAGACAAAGAGGAAGAGGAGAGGAAGCGGCAGGAGGAAGCAGAGCGUCAGCGCCGAGAGAGACGCUAUAUUCUUCCUGAUGAACCCACCAUCAUCGUACACCCCAACUGGACAGCCAAGAAUGGCAAGUUUGACUGUAGCAUCAUGUCAUUAAGCGUCUUGCUGGACUACAGACUCGAAGACAACAAAGAACACUCUUUUGAAGUCUCCCUGUUUGCAGAGUUGUUCAAUGAAAUGCUUCAAAGAGACUUUGGCUACAGGAUAUACAAAGCACUGGCUGCUAUUCCUGUGAAGGAUGAAAAGAAGGAGAAGAAGGAAAAGGCAAAAAAGGAAGCCGAGAAGAAAGAUUGUGAUAAGAAGGAAGCUACUAAGAAAGAGGAAGCCAUAAAAGAAGGCAAGGAAGAAAAAGAGGAAGACAAUGAAGAGCCAGCUGCAAAAAAAAUAAAGAUCCCCGAUGAGAAGGAAGAAAAAAAGGAGAAGGAAAAGGAGGAGAAAAGGGAGGAAUCUAAAGAGGAUGAGGAAAAUGAAGAGGGGAGUAGUAAUACUAAUCCUGAUGAGUAUGACCCUAUGGAGGCUGAGGAGGCAGAGGACGAUGAUGAUGAAGACGAAAAAGAAGAAGAAAUGAGCGACAAGGAUAAAAAGGAUGAGAAAAAAGAAGAAAGGAAAUCCAAAGAAAGGUCUUCGAAAGACAAGGAGAAAGAAAAGAAGCAGAUGACUACUUACAAUAAAGAACUUCUGAUGGCAUUUGUUUAUUUUGAUCAAAGUCACUGUGGAUAUCUCCUUGAAAAAGACCUGGAAGAAAUAAUGUAUACUCUUGGGCUGCAUCUGUCCCGUGCCCAGGUUAAGAAAUUGCUAAAUAAAACAGCUGUGCGGGAAUCCUGCUUUUACCGGAAGCUGACUGAUCGUGUGAAAGAUGAAGCAAUCCCAGAAAUACCCGAAGCACCACAGGAGUUGCUUCUUGGAAACCAAGCUCUACUGCCCUGCCGUAAUGUAAAACAGGAACAAAAUGAGUCGCAAGAAGCAGGCAGUCUCAUAGUUUACAAUGGUGCUAUGGUGGAUGUGGGGAGCCUGAUUCAGAAACUGGAGAAGAGUGAGAAGGACCGGGAAAGGAUUGAGCAGAAGCUUCAAUCUCAGGAGGCAAAGAUAGAGGAAGAUGCAAAUAGCAUAUUGCAACUGGAGACUGCCAAUAAGAGCUUCUCUACAGAGCUUGCAGAUGUCAAGAAUUGCCUUGGCCAAACAGAAGAAAAUUUGAAAGAUUCAGAAGAGAAGAGAUCCUGUUUUGAAGAGCAUCUGCAUAAAACUGCCACAAGUUUGAGUAUAGUUUUGAAUGAACUGCAAAGUGUUUUAAAAAAGGAUAACCCUAAACCUGAAGAGCAUGACCAGAAAUCAAAAGAGAAUGGAUCUGACGAAUGAUGUUGCUGCCUUUUCCAUUAGAAAGAUUGUGCUAGAUAAUGCUGUAAAUAGGAAAACUGAAGAUCUGAAAGUGAAUCAACAUGCCACACUUUUUAUUUGUAGUGCUUUCUUUUGCCGCUGUGUACAGUUUUAGACUAGUGUUAACACAGAAAACUGCUUGAAAUUCAUGCCAAUUGAAUUGCUAAUACCAUUUAAGAUAAUGUUUUCGUUGCAGAAGGUUUUAGGUUCAACUGUAAUAUUUUAAUGUUAUUAAAACUCAGAAUCUAAGUUUAUUGCUGAGAUGUAAUUCCAUAGUUUUGUCUAAUUUGAAACCUGUUUAAUUAAUUUUGUGUGCCAACAGUAAUAUCACUGAAUAUCUGAAACUAAAUCUCCAGUUUUCACCAAACAAUAAAAAUCAGUUCAGUGAUGGAUCUCCUUCAAAACUGUUUCUUUGUGGCAACAAAAUUGAUUUAUUACAAUUUCUUGUGUGAAAUUGGGAAGGCAAAGUAUACACUUACACGUUUGUAUUGCAUAACCAAAUCUGUUUUUAAUGUGUUG